AUGCAAAAUCUUGGUCUUCCCGUGUAUGCUCCAGAAACAUACAAGAAAGAUAGAGUUUUUAGACAGUCCAAUGGGUAUUUUAUGUAUGUUAAGUGCCACGACUGUGAGGAGCAAACCAUUUGCUAUUCCCACAGCCAGGCUGAUAUAAAAUGCAAGGGCUGUUCCGGACUGAUUCUCAAAUCCACAGGAGGAAUGGCAAAGCUUGUCAAUAAAGCUAGAUCAAAAAUAGCCGAAAAUAUUUAUUAA